AUUGAAUGGGGUCGUGGGAGAGAAGAUAGUCGCCAGGGGUAGUUGGCUAGCUAACUAGCUUGGUUAGCAGCUUCACUGUGUAGCUAGGCUGAGUCUGAGAUGUGGCGCAACGUCCCUUUUGUCUGAAAACUGUUUGCGGAAAAAUAUAUAAUACCGAUGGAGCCAGCCAACUGAUUUUCAGAACAUCUAUCUACAGUUCGUUUUGACUAUCGGUCAUCUGAUCUGGACCUCGAACACAUUGACGGACACUUACUGGCUAGCUGGCUAGCUGGCUGCUAACUUUGAUGUUAGCAAGUAGCCAGUACGAGUAAAUGGUUUUCACGAGAAUGGACCUGUUGAACUAUCAGUUCCUGGACAAAAUGAACAACAAUAUCGGGAGACUACACUACGAAGGAAAUCACGCACAGAACGAGCAGUAUGGCUGGUGGCAUUGUCAUGCUGGAGGGACAUGUCGGAAUGAGCCUGCAGGAAGGCUACCACGAGGGAGGAGGAUGUCUUCCCUGUAACGCACAGCGUUGAGAUGGCCUGUAAUGACACAAGCUCAGUUCGAUGAUGCUGUGACACACCGCCCCAGACCAUGACGGACCCUCCAAAUCGAUCCCGAUCCAGAGUACAGGCCUCUGUGUAACGCUCAUUCCUUUGACGAUAAAUAAAAUAAAAUACAAUUUUAUUUGUCACAUACACAUGGUUAGCAGAUGUUAGUGCGAGUGUAGCGAAAUGCUUGUGCUUCUAGUUCCGACAAUGCAGUAAUAACCAACAAGUAAUCUAGCUAACAAUUCCAACUACUACCUUAUAGACACAAGUAUAAGGGGAUAAAGAAUAUGUACAUAAAGAUAUAUGAAUGAGUGAUGGUACAGAGCGGCAUAGGCAAGAUACAGUAGAUGGUAUUGAGUGCAGUAUAUACAUAUGAGAUGAGUAUGUAAAAGUGGCAUAGUUAAAGUGGCUAGUGAUACAUGUAUUACAUAAGGAUGCAGUAGAUGAUAUAGAGUACAGUAUAUAUGUAUACAUAUGAGAUGAAUAAUGUAGGGUAUGUAAACAUUAUAUUAGGUAGCAUUGUUUAAAGUGGCUAGUGAUAUAUUUUACAUCAAUUCCCAUUAUUAAAGUGGCUGGAGUUGAGUCAAGUGUGUUGGCAGCAGCCACUCAAUGUUAGUGGUGGCUGUUUAACAGUCUGAUGGCCUUGAGAUAGAAGCUGUUUUUCAGUCUCUCGGUCCCAGCUUUGAUGCACCUGUACUGACCUCGCCUUCUGGAUGAUAGUGGGGUGAACAGGCAGUGGCUCGGGUGGUUGCUGUCCUUGAUGAUCUUUAUGGCCUUCCUGUGACAUCGGGUGGUGUAGGUGUCCUGGAGGGCAGGUAGUUUGCCCCCGGUGAUGCGUUGUGCAGACCUCACUACCCUCUGGAGAGCCUUACGGUUGUGGGCGGAGCAGUUGCCGUACCAGGCGGUGAUACAGCCCGACAGGAUGCUCUCGAUUGUGCAUCUGUAGAAGUUUGAGUGCUUUUGGUGACAAGCCAAAUUUCUUCAGCCUCCUGAGGUUGAAGAGGCGCUGCUGCGCCUUCUUCACGAUGCUGUCUGUGUGGGUGGACCAAUUCAGUUUGUCUGUGAUGUGUACGCCGAGGAACUUAAAACUUACUACCCUCUCCACUACUGUUCCAUCGAUGUGGAUAGGGGGGUGUUCCCUCUGCUGUUUCCUGAUAAACGCGAAUCCGACCAUCAUCCCUGAUGAGACAAAACCGCGACUCGUCAGUGAAGAGCACCUUUUGCCAGUCCUGUCUGGUCCAGCGACGGUGGGUUUGUGCCCAUAGGCGACGUUGUUGCCGAUGAUGUCUGGUGAGGACCUGCCUUACAACAGGCCUACAAGCCAAGCCCUCAGUCCAGCCACUCUCAGCCUAUUGCAGACAGUAUGAGCACUGAUGGAGGGAUUGUGCAUUCCUGGUGUAACUCACACAGUUGUUGUUGCCAUCCUGUACCUGUGCUGCAGUUGUGAUGUUCGGAUCUACCGAUCCUGUGCAGGUGUUAACACGUGGUCUGCCACUGUGAGGACGAUCAGCUGUCCUUCCUUUCUCCCUGUAUGGCUGUCUUAGGCGUCUCACAGUACGGACAUUGCAAUUUAUUGCCCUGGCCACAUCUGCAGUCCUCAUGCCUCCUUGCAGCAUGCCUAAGGAAUGUUCACGCCGAUGAGCUAGGACCCGGGGCAUCUUUCUUUUUCAUUCAGCAGAAAGGCCUCUUUAGUGUCCUAAGUUUUCAUAACUGUGACCUUAGUUGCCUACCAUCUGUAAGCUGUUAGUGUCUUAACGACCGUUCCACAGGUCCAUGUUCAUUAAUUGUUUAUGGUUCAUUGAACAAGCAUGGGAAACAGUGUUUAAACCCUUUACAAUGAAGAUCUGUGAAGUUAUUUGGAUUUUAAUGAAUUAUCUUUGAAAGACAGGGUCUUGAAAAAGGGACCUUUUAUGUAUUUCCAUGAACUGAAGUUCAGUUUCAGUAGGUGAACAACAAGUGGCUACCUAGCUAUUACUUACUCACAAGGAUGCCUAAAUCAUUUCUAAGAUUAAUGAAAAUGACUGAAGUUUCUACUGCUCAUUGUUUUCAGGCUAGUUGUGUUGGUGCUACAUGGGUACCAAGCUAAAGCGGUCGAACAAAUGCCUUAUUACCAACGUGGUAUUGUAAACACAUCGUUCGUGUAUGGUGUGUGUUUGUUUACAGACUUCUUAUGUACAGCUUUGACAGUGCUAAUGAUAGUAGUGGUUGCGCUUGGCUUGCACGUGCAAAUUCAGCACACACAUCAUUCUCUAAUAGAAUUGUGUUAUUUCACGGGUCAAAUUAAAAGCUUAUUUAACGCGUCUAUUUGACGCGUAUAUAUUCUUUGACAAGUGAAGACCCACUCGGCGUUCCAUAUCUGCAAGCUGUUGGCUAGAGCCAAUACUAGAGUGGGCACAUUUGAUAUACACUGAGUAUACAAACAUUAAGAACACUUGCUGGUUUCCAUGACAUAGCCAUGAUCCCUUAUUGAUGUCACUUGCUGGUUUCCAUGACAUAGCCAUGAUCCCUUAUUGAUUUCACUUGUUAAAUCCUCUUUAAUCAGUGUAGAUGAAGGGGAGGAGACAGGUUAAAGAAGGAUUUUUAAGCCUUGAGAAGGAUUGUGUAUGUGUGUCAUUUCAGAGUGAGCAAGGCAAUAGAUUUAAGUGCGGGGUAUGGUAGUAGGUGCCAGGCGUCACCGGUUUGUCAAGAACUGCGACGCUACUGGGUUUUUCAUGCUCAACAGUUUCCUGUGUGUAUCAAGAAUUGUCCAAAACCCAAAGGAAGUCCAACAAACUUGAUCCAACUGUAGUAAGCAUUGGAGUCAACAUGGGCCAGCAUCCCCGUGGAACACUUUCGACACGUCCAUACCCCAGCGAAUUGAGGUUUUGAGGGCAAAAGGUAGGGGUGCAACUCAAUAUUAGGAAGGUGUUCCUAAUGUUUGGUAUACUCGGUGUAUAACGCAAAUUUUUUUUUGUGACAAUACCAUCAGUAAGGUUAAAAUGAGAUGGAAACCCAGGGCCUCCCUGGUGGUGCAGUGGUCUAGUGCACUGCAUCGCAGCGCUAGCUGUGCCACCAGAGACUCUGGGUUCGCAGUCGGCCGCAACCGGGAGGUCUGUGGGGCGACGCACAAUUGGCCUAGCGUCGUCCGGGUUAGGAAGGGUUUGGCCGGUAGGGAUAUCCUUGUCUCAUCGCACACCAGCGACUCCUGUGGCGGGCCGGGCGCAGUGCACGCUAACCAAGGUUGCAAGGUGCACAGUGUUUCCUCCGACACAUUGGUGCGGCUGGCUUCCGGGUUGGAUGCGCUCUGUGUUAAGAAGCAGUGCGGCUUGGUUGUGCUUUGGAAGACGCAUGACUUUCGACCUUCGUAUCUCCCGAGCCCGUUACGGGAGUUGUAGCGAUGAGACAAGAUAGUAACUACUAACAAUUGGAUACCACCAAAUUGGGGGUAAAAUAUAUAUAUAUAUAUAUAUUUUAAAAUGAGAUGGAAAUCCAUUUAACUUGUAUUCGGUACAUAGCAGUUUAAGCUCAGUGUACGUAAAAAUGUUCUAUGUCAUCUCGUCAUCCGCAAGAAGUCAUUUUGAUGGAAACGCAUCUCUGGUAGGAGAAUUUGCAUAUUUUAUUAAUGCAUUUUUUUGCACCAAUUGGAUGGAAACCUAGCUAGUGUGACUGCAAGGCUUGACAGACAAGGUAAAGCUAAACCUUUUCUAGCCGACUAAACUCAAUUCCACGAUUUACAAUGGAUUUGAGUGGCGACUACUGUGGGUGGACUGGAGCUCCAAUGUCACAUUUAUUGAAGAUUUUUAUCAAAAACUAACUACUGAUUUCAGCACCCAAAGAAUAUCCUGCGAUUACACAGAACAAUGUGUGUAAUUGUGGGCUAUUCUUUGGGUGCGUAAUUCAGCCGUUUCUGAUAAAAACUACGUCGGAGCUCCAGUCCCCCCACUAGUUGCCGCUCAACUCCAUCGUAAAUCGUGGAUUUGAGUUUAAUCGACUAAACCUUUUCUAGUCCCCAUUUCUCAGGUAAUGGUCACAGCAGGUGACUAGAUCCAGAGUAACUAGAUCACGUGGGGGAGCAUGGCAAACUCCUAUUAUUACUGAUUUAGUGUUUUAAAAUGUUCUGAAUACUCGGCAGUUCUACAUUAUUGAGACAUGACCAACUUGGUUUGCAUGCAAAGUAUAAACAGAGUGUUCUCUACAGCUGAAUCUUCUCUCACAGGUGAGUCCAGGAUGCCGUCGCUGCCCUCUCCAAUGACCAACAUGAGGACCGGUCCUCCCCCCAUCUGCCCCAGCAAAAGGAAGUAUGGCGAGGAGCAAGUAGACGACUGCGUUGACUGUGACAACAACCACAUGACCAAAAUGAGUCGACUGUUUGCUGCUCAACUGGGACAGCCUGCCGGCGGAGACAACCGCAACGACCCUUGGAUCCUCGGCCACAGCCCCGUGGAGUGCAUCACUUCCUCCUCCAACGGCCUCCAUGGCAACCACUUGUAUGACUCCAUCCCCUCCUAUGCGAUGGACCAGCCUCUGGCUCUGACUAAAAACAGCAUAGACUCUGGAUUGGGUGGCACAGAGAGGCCUGCCAUGCCCGGCCCUGUGGACAGACCACAGAAUCGUCCCUCUGUGAUCACCUGUGCUCCUGCAAGCAAUCGCAAUUGCAACCUGUCUCACUGCCACAAGUCUCACAGCCCCAGCCCACCCAUGGAUCAGAGGAAGGCUGAUGAUAACACUGCGGUCGACCCUGUGAUCGAGGAGCACUUCCGCCGCAGCCUGGGGAAGAACUACAAGGAGCCCGAGCCUGUCUCCAACUCUGUGUCCAUCACAGGCUCGGUGGACGACCACUUUGCCAAGGCCCUGGGGAAGACCUGGCUCCAGAUCAAGUCCAAGGGGCCGGGGGGACACCCCCACAGUCCAGAGGCCAACUCCUGAAAUACUGGCCGGACCUCCCUCACUGUUGAAUGGUGAACCACAACCAUUUCUUUGUCUGUGGCAUCAGACAAGUGCACCGAUUGACCUCCCUAUACCAUUAAUUGUCAAGCUUGACUUCCCUGAGCUCAGAACAACACUAGACAAGACAAUGAAUUUCCAGUUUUAAUACUGUAUUAUACACCAAAGCUGGCCUUUUACAGACCUUGGGGGGUUCUCCCUGCUCUUAUUGUUUGACUGACACUCCGAUCUGGGAGGAUUUGAUACAUUUGUUCAGAUAGGGUAGUUUUGGUUUGAGUCCAAGUGUUCAAAUUCUUCAUUUUGAAAGCAGAAAUAUCCAUUUGAGGAGCUCUCUAGGACCCGUAUUGGCAGCCUUGAUGUCAGCUUGUUUUUAUUUGAGGUGUAUAAUUUUAUAUAUUUUUAACACUUACCCUGACAGAGAUUCCCAAAAUGACCAAUUAAUUUGGCCUUUGAGAAGGCAUACUGUUCGGUCUUAACUCCCUCAUGCCUUUCUUAUUAACCAAAGAACUUGCCUGCUGCUUCAAACAAAAAGCCAUUAUCUGCUUUGCUUCUCUUCUGUUUUCAUCCUCCUGCCAUCUCCGUUAACUCUCCACGUGACCCUGUGUUUGUGUUUUUGUUGGAAAGGAAGGCCGGCUCUGAUUUGCACUAUUAUGUGUUAGAUUGAGGUAGUGGUAACAGCAUACCUGUUUCAUUUGGAGCAUACAGUACAUUUGUAAGAGUGUGUUUUUGUUUGUUUUAACAAUACUAACAGUUGUAAUGCUAUCAAGGCUCUCGUCUCCCUCUGGUCACAAUGUUUCUCUCUCUCUUUUUCUCCAACUAUUCAGAACUGGACUAACUUUCUCUUUUGUGAACUUUACAUUUUUUGUUUUUAUUUUUUUGUUCUUCUAGUACUCACUAGUUUAUUUCGUAGAUACAGUUAGUAAUAAUUAUAGUAUUCUGCUUACAGAGAUGCAUGUUUCAAAUAGCUGGUAUCUAUUAUAAUAAGCCUUGUUAUUCUAUUCUAUUUACCCUCAGAAUUUAUUUUUGUCAGUAACCAUUUUAGAAAUACUUACUGCUGGUACAGUCGUACUCAAUAUAUUUGUUUGUAUAUGAUUUUCAUUAGAAUAUGUAUACACUAGCAUCCAUCUACAAAUCGCAGCCUCUGGCAAGGCUGUCUGAAUGCAGUAUAAUAGGCUACUAUUAUGUGGUUGGUACGGGAUGCUUUGGCAUAGACGCAUGACUGAAUAGUCAACAUUUAACAUGUAGACCAGUCCUGUCUUAGAGUUGACUAUCUUCACCAUAAUGCAGUUUAGUUGUGGUUUUAUUUAUUCCAAUCUGAUGUUUAGUUGAAUACUGUUGAAUACAUUUUGACUAACUUUUCUUUUGUUAAAUUGACUCUCAAUGAGCAUGUCUACUUGAUAUUCUUCACUUUGUAAAGUGUAAUGUUUAUUUCCCCUAAAUGAAAAUGCUGAUGACUUCACCCACAUGUAUCAUGGCUGGCCUUGAACGAAAGCCUUGGCAUGAACAUUCCACCAUCACUACCCAGCUUAAUAUUUUUGUUGUUGUAUAAAAUAAGAUCUGGUAAGAGUAAGCUUUGAGGAAAGAGGGAUAGGUUCUCCUACAUUUGUGGUGUUUCUAUAGUGUAAACUGUAUGGGACUUUAAAAAACAUUAACAGAAUCAAGGGGAGUAGCAGAACAUCUAAAGUACUUUAUAGAGGCAGUAUGAGGAUGAAUGACCUUUCUGUAGUGUUUUCCAUUUCCUUUAGUAAACAUGAGUUAACACUGAUAGAAAAUUGUAUAGUGCAUUGAGAUUGUUUUAGUCAGCUCUUUGUGAAAAAAUUAUAUUAUAUUUACUUGCAUCCUAUAUUCUACACUGUUUUGAAAAUGACUAUAAACUCAUAUUCCCGGUUUAUUUUUUACUUUGAUACCGAAAGACUAUCAUUGCGCCGUGCGUAAUGAUCCUAGAGAAUGUUUUUAAACAGAACAAUGUACUCAUGAUAUGUAGCCAUUGGAUAUUCAUGAUCCUCUAACCAUGCAUUUGUAUCUAUCAAAAAAGUUGAUCUUUUUCCAGAGUUGUCUGAGGUUUGAUAAGUGCAGGAACACCAGUCGUUCUAAGAAUAAGGCUCUCUUGGCAUGAUGUCAGGGUGACAUUACUGCUGCAGGUUCUCUGCUUGUUUCUGUACCGCAGUGGAACUGUAAGGGUUUAUCACAAGUUGAAUCUCAGUGAUAUGUUGGGGUUUAAUGUUCCAACGUUAUUUAAUUGGUAUUUGACUGCUUGUGCCUCUAAACAACAAGUUGCAGGAACUAACUCCUCCACUUGUCUCUUAACAUGGGAAACUGCAUUGCCUUAGACGGUUUGUUAAUCUGUAUUUUGUUCAUUUUUGGUCUUAUUUCUCCAGAAGAAUAUACCACUGUUUUUUUUAAAUUUGAUUUGUCCUAAAUAAACUUUAAAUGCUCUAUCACA